AUGCCUCGACAAGCGCACGGAAGACCAUUGCAACAUGGCAAGGUCCAAACUUCAACCAGAAAGAGACCAGCCCAGAACCGAAGACUAAAUGCCCUCGAGAUUGCAGAACAAGAGAAUCCAGACUCUGUGAAAAUCAGACAACAUCGACUUGGGGUGGUCGAGGAUGAUUCAGAUGAACCACAUACGCGAGCAGAUCUUGAUGAACGGUCGUCAAAGAGGAGGAAAGUGGCUACAAAUGAUGAAGAUGAGUCUGUAGAUGAGGGUUCCGACCUUGAAGGGAACCGGUGGCAUGUAGGGGUUGACGACGACGAGGAAGACAGUGAUAUAGACAGCGAGGAUGCUUUUGGGGCCAGUGAUGAGGAGCGAUUUGCAGAUUUUUCGUUCCGUGGCAGCGCAAGCACAACUGCCCAGCCAAAGAAGAACAGAAACCGCUCUGCUGCUCAUGAUUUAGAGGAGCGCGAGCGUGAUGAUGACGACGACGAGGAUGAAGAUGAAGAGGAAGAAAGUGAUGAUCUGGGUGAUGAUGCAGUUGAACUUGCUACGGCAUGGGAUAUGGACGACGAAUCUGGUUCCGACACAACUGGAAAGAAAAAGAAAAAGAAAAGCACUCAUGCUCGCCGGGGCGGUGACGAUGAGGACGAAGAGGACUCGACAUCCGAUGACGACGCAGACUCGGACUCGCAGUCAGAAGAUGAUGAUCAAAAAUCCCUAUUCUCUGUAUCCGAUGAGGAUGGUGAUCAUUCUCGAUUACAGAGCUUCGUCGAAGGACUCUCAAGUGGCCGGUCGGACCCUGCAUCGAGGAAGCAACGACUUCCCAGCAAUUUACCCGACAGGCCGUCGCAAUUUGGGACUAGCGGUUCGAAGAUAUCAGCCGCAGAUAUGAUGCAGUAUAUCAAGGAUCCUCGUCAAAGACAGUCACUAAAAAUACUGCAAAAUAACGAGGAGCAGGGGGGCGAUGUUUACAAGGACGGGAUCCCUGGUAAGCUCGCUCCACCAUUGGCAAAACGCCAGCAAGAUCGUCUUGACCGUGCUGCCGCGUAUGACGAGACGAAAAAGGAGCUGGGUAAAUGGGUUGAGACUGUCAAGCAGAAUCGCCGUGCGGAGCAUCUUUCUUUCCCACUAGUCGAUCCUGCCGCAAGUGGUGAAUUGGUGAGCAAACAACUGGGGCCGACCUCCAAGUCUCAACCCAUGACCGUCCUGGAAUCCACCAUUCAAGAAAUCAUGAAGGAAAGCGGCAUGAUGUCCAAAGAGCAGCGAUCACUCGACGACCAGGAACAAGCUUAUGAAGAACUCCAAGAAAAGAAGCUCCCACUUGAAGAAGUUCAGGCACGUCGGGCUGAGCUGAGAAAGGCUAGAGACCUCAUGUUCCGAGAAGAAAUUCGUGCUCGAAGAAUCAAGAAAAUCAAGAGUAAGUCUUAUCGUAGGGUACACCGCAAGGAACGAGAGAAGGCCGAGCUGGAGCACAGGUCUCUCCUGGCCGCACAAGGCUUGAUUGAUUCUGACGAGGAUCGCGAGAAGAACGAUCGCCGGCGUGCCGAGGAGCGAAUGGGAGCGCGUCACCGGGAAAGCAAAUGGGCAAAGAGUAUCAAGGCCACAGGCAGGGCUGCUUGGGAUGAAAAUGCUCGACAUAGCGUUACAGACCUUGCUCGCCGCGACGAAGAACUACGCAGACGAAUCGAGGGCAAGACACUGGGCGCUGACGACGAAAUCGAAUCGUCAGAGUCUGAAGAGUACUCGGACUCGGAGGAUGAAAGAGUUCGGUUGCAAGAAAAAGUCCAAUCUCUCAGCCAUGACAAUCCUGUCGACGCGGAAUCUCGCCUUAACAAUAUGGCUUUCAUGAAGAAGGCAGAAGCUUCGAGGAAAGCGGCGAACGAUGAAGAACUCCGUAGACUUCAACGAAGUUUGCAAGAUGACGGAGCGCAGGGCAGAUCAGAGGAUUCCGAAGCCGAUUGGGAAGAGCCUAAAGGACGUCGCAGAUUUGGCGUGCAAGGCCAGGUUGAAGUGCCACGUUCUCAACCCUCAGUCCAGAAGGGUGAAUUUGAAGAACCCGAGUCAGAUGCUGAGAGAGAAGAUGAUGAUGACAAUGGCGAGGAACACAUGGGUCAAGCCACCCAGGUGCGGACUUCUAACUCUGUCAUUACACCACUCAACUCAAAGCAGCCGCAACCACAAUCCUUAUCGACCAAAGGCCCCGGCAAGGCAGCGAACAAGGUGACUACAUCUGGACGCGUUGUCGCAAAACCCACUGACCAGCAGCGGGCCCCCAGAGAAGCGGCAAUACCUAGGAAGCAGACUACUGUACCGCACACCGACCUUGACGGGUACACUAGCCCAUCCGAAUCCGAAAACGAGCAAGACGACCAUGCUGCUCUCGCUAAUGCCAUCUUUGCCGGUCCCGACGAGGUGGAGCAAGAUUUUGCGAAAGAGAAAAAGGAGGUGGAAGAGGAGGAGGGCGACCAGGUAAUUGACAAUGGCCUCCCUGGAUGGGGAAGCUGGGCUGGCGAGGGUAUCAGUAAGAAGGCCCAGAAACGAGCAAAGGGGCGGUCUGUUACCACAGUGAAAGGCGUUUCCAAGGACAAGCGACAAGAUGCCAAACUGGAACGUGUGAUCAUCAACGAGAAGCGUGUGAAGCGCAACGGAAAAUAUCUGGCCACCGAGUUGCCUCAUCCAUUCGAGUCGCGUCAGCAAUACGAGCGAUCUCUACGGCUGCCCCUUGGGCCUGAAUGGACUACGAAGAGUACCUUCCAGGAUGCCACCAAACCAAGGAUCCUGACGAAACAAGGCAUCAUUCGACCCAUGGCCCGGCCAAUGGUGUAG